AUGUCACAUUCAAGGCUGGCAUCCAUCACUUCGUCAAUUGCUUCCGCUACAGUAGCCAACAAUGACACACACGGCAAUGGCACCAAUAAUCAUCCACAGUCAAUUGGACCAUGGAAAUUGGGUAAAACUUUGGGAAGAGGUGCCACUGGGAGAGUAUUACUAGCAACUCAUCAGCACACAGGACAAAAGGCAGCUGUCAAAGUUGUUUCCAAGUCGGAACUUAGAGAAGAAGAAGAAGAAGAAGGGGCGGGAGGAACAGCAAACAAUGGCGGCACUGAUGCUGCCACUGCCAAGAAUGGAGAAGGUUUACCCUAUGGGAUUGAGCGUGAGAUUAUCAUUAUGAAACUACUCACGCAUCCCAAUGUUCUUCGCUUGUAUGACGUGUGGGAAACUUCUAAAGCACUCUACUUGGUAUUGGAAUACGUUGAAGGUGGUGAACUUUUCGAUUUAUUGGUUGAAAUGGGGCCAUUACAAGAGCCAGAAGCUAUCAAAUAUUUCCGUCAAAUUGUGCUCGGUACUGCCUAUUGUCACGCAUUGGGAAUUUGUCAUCGAGAUUUAAAACCUGAAAAUUUGCUAUUGGACGCUCAAUUGAAUGUGAAAUUGGCCGAUUUCGGUAUGGCUGCUAUAGAAAGUAAUGGCAAACUCCUUGAAACUUCUUGUGGCUCACCUCAUUACGCUGCUCCGGAAAUAGUAAGCGGGUUGAAGUACCACGGUGCGGCUUCAGACGUGUGGUCCUGUGGAGUUAUUUUGUUUGCCUUGCUAACUGGAAGAUUACCGUUUGAUGAUGAAAAUAUUCGCAAUUUGUUGCUUAAGGUACAAGCUGGUAGUUAUGAAAUGCCCUCCACCGACGAAAUUAGUAGAGAAGCCCAGGAUCUAAUUAGAAAGAUGUUGGAAGUUGAUCCCAUGAAGAGAAUCACCACUGAAAACAUCUUGAAACAUCAAUUGUUGACUAAAUACCCAAUUUCAAAUGAGGAUUUGAUUAGUGAAAAAUCAUUACCACAUCCGCAGACAGCGUACAAGUCACUUGGUUCAGUGAAGAACAUUGAUAAACAGAUUCUAUCCAAUUUAUCGAUAUUAUGGAACAAUAGGUCGGAACAAGACAUUAUUAGAUGUCUUUUACUGCACGGGCCAAACCCUGAAAAGACAUUUUAUGCAUUACUAUUGAGGUACAGGCACUCAGGUGAAGACCAACAACCGCAGCUUCUGCAGCAACAACAUAUUCCACCAGCACCACUUUCAAAAUCCACCAGCUUCAAUAACAAAGUCGGUAGAAGCUCGUCAAUUGGUAGAUCGCCAGCUGGGAAAAAGCGUGCAAGUCAGAUUAGUGUCUCACGACCAUCAUCGUUCCAAUACAAGAAUGGAUUCGCGGUAUCUAGUGGAAGCAGUGGGAGACUUGCUCAUACAAGGUUAUCUGCAGCAUCAUCAGUCAACAAUUCGCCUAGAAAACCGGUUAAAAAGAGACUGUCAUUUGCUCGUUCACCAUCUGGCUCACCACUGAAACCCAGAUCAAAACAACCACAAUCGUCUCAAAUCAAGGCUACACCUCGGAACAUCUACAAUGAUAUUGUUGAAUCACAGAGUAAUCAGUCAGUGGCUCCUACGUUGCCAUCCAAGGAUUCCUAUUACAACGACAACGCUGCUACAGCACCUGCUGCUUUACCAAAAUUAGCUGAGAAUCCUGUUGUUGAUGAAUCACCAAAUUUGUCACAAGUAGUCAACAACAAGGCACCCAACGCCACUUCGAAGAGGGCAUCCAUCAUCAACAAAAGUAGUACCAACAAUAAAAGAGUGUCAAGGAGAAGAUCGGUCCGUGCUUCAAUGACCGCUGGGUUAAAGAGGAAUUCUAUCACCAUGAAAAUGUUAUCUCUCUACACCAAAUUAUCAGGUGAUGAUGAGUGGGAGUAUAUGGACAAGCUGACGAAGCGAACCUCGGCCACUUUUGCUGCGUUGUGUGAUAAAAUUUUCAAUCAGGAGGAGUAUAAUCCAGAAGAUGAGGAAUUGGUUGACCCUGAGGAGUUGGAAGCUAAAGAGUAUGAAAGAUUGAUGGAAAUCGAGCGCAAGAAGCACGAGGCUGAAUUGAAAGCAAGAAGGGAAUUGGAAAAGAAAAAGCAAAGACUGAAGAGAAGGUCCUUGCUCAGUUCUAAAAAGCUCAGUUUCAUCAUCAAAGAGGAUGAACCUUCUCAGGAUGCACAAAUGGAAACCAUCAAUGAGCAAGAAAUUACUCAGCCAAAGCGCCAAUCAAAACAUUUGGGUGCAUUGAGGGCAUUAUCUGAGGGACAAGCCAAAUCCGAUGAACUAACAAUGGAUGAUGUUGAACAAUUGAAAAGAAGGUCAGCUAGUCAGCCAGUGAAAAAGAGAACACUUACUCCAAUUUUGACAAGACGCCCAGUUUCUCGACUUGAUCCCCUUUGGCAAGCGCACCACAACGAACAAAUUGAAAGAGCUCAAGAUGCAUUGGAGAAUGAGUGGAAGGAAAACAAGAAGAAAGAUGAUAAGGAAGAUAAGAAAGCCAAGAAGAAGAUCAAUAGAGAGUCAAUGGUUUCUGUCAUGGAUGAUAUUGCAGAGGACAACGAUGAUCUUGAUGGUAAUGCAAGCAAGAGAAGACCUUCCAAGGAUAGCUAUUAUGAUGAGCAUGAGGACUUUGAACUACCCGAGCCUGAUGUUGUUGACUCAAACUUGAGUGAAGAGUACAUGUCCGAGAUUAGAAAAUCAAGAUUACUCUACAGUCAAAGAAGUCUUCACAAGAAAGUCGGCAAUAAUAGCGGCAACAAGAGCAACGAGCAAAAGACUUUAAUUAGUGGUGUCAAAAUACCAAAUGUGACAAGAAAGUCUAGGCACUUUUCCAACUCGAACAAGAGACUAUCCGUGUUGUCGAUGUACUCAACCAAGGAGUCUUAUCGUGACUUGAACUCUAUUAUUGAAUCACAUACUCCUGGCCAUGACGAACAUGGUCACAAUGAUGAUGACAACGACGAAGCACCAAUUCCGCCAUUGAGAACAAGUAUUGCUGAUAGACUAGAUAAGGCUGGAUUACCAGAGGAAGAUGAAGAUGGCGCACUAGACGGUGAUGGCAAUUCGGUAAUUGAUUUUGACCAACAUUUGGCAAACAAGAGAAACUCAUACUAUGACUCAUCUAACAAGCGUGUCUCGCGAGCUUCAACUACAAGAAGAUACAGCAAAUCUGCGAGACCAAUGUCAAAAGUUCCAGCAUUGCCGACCGAAGAUUCCGAAAACACAUUCAACAGCAAAGGAGAGCCAACCGGGAAACACCACCACAAGACUGACUCCAACGGGUCUACUCAAUCCGAUGACAUUUUUGAUAAAAUAAAAUUGCCUGAGGGGAAAUCAAGCAAGUCUUCGAUUGAUCUACUUGCUAAUGGUGGCUCGGACAAACAAAGCAAGUCAGCUGCUCAACAGGGCUCGACAAAAGCACCUCCUUCGGAAGCCAGACUGCAGCAUGGAACUUCGCAGCCAAUGCUGAAAGUCCGUGAUGGUAGGCCUAGAGGUUCUAAAACUAAUGGAUCAGAUACUAUUUCUGCACCACCACCGCCGCCACCACCACCACAUCACAAGAAACCAUUGGAUGAUCGCACCAACAUCCAUUCUGAGCAAAAUAACAAGUCGAGGAAAGGAUCGUUUUUGAGAAUGUUUUCGAGGGGAUCCAAAAAGAGCGCCGACGAAGGGUCUAGAUCAGCCAGUAGCCAUCAACACAACAAUAAUCAGCUUCCAAGUCCAACUGAGUCGCUACAAGAAGAAAAACCAAAAUCAUCAUUCCUUCGAUGGUUUUCGUCUUCAUCUGCUCAUUCCCCGGUGCUAGAUUCUGAAAUUAGAAGGUUCUCCACUCUUUUACCAAGGGAAGAAAUGGUUUCGGCAUUAUUCACACUACUCAAAUCAUGGUCGAAUUUUGGUUUGAAAGAUUUGAAAAAUGACAACUUGAGUUAUACAAUCACCGGAUCAAUUUCGAAGUACAACUCAUUUGACUUGAAGAGCUGUAAAUUUAGAAUCAGAGUGGCUCCUAGAGAAAUGAAUCAUAAAUCGGAGAUCAUAUGUGCUAGAAUUAAAGGGUCGAGAGUUACUACUGAUACUUUAUUUAACGAAAUUGAAAAAGUAUUGGAAAAGGAAGGUGUUAUGGAUAGAUGA